AUGGGCGGAAAGUACGUGGAGCAGGUGUGGGAGAUGCUGAAGAAGGGGAUGCAGAAAAUACAACAGCAGCAGCAGCAACAACAACAACAACAGCAACGACAGCAGCAGCAGCAACAACAACAACAACGACAGCAGCAGCAACAACAACAACAACAAAGAAAGCACAAAAAUAACUCCGGUCUUAACAUCGAGGAGGUGCUCCACACGUUUGAACAACAAUUGUAUAUGGGACUGAAGCAAAUCGUCGAGCGUCAUCUCAGUUACAAUGUAAGUGGCGCUAGUUAGUG